AGAGAGAGAGAGAGAGAGAGAGAGAGAGAGAGAGAGGAGCCUCCAGUCCCUGUCGGAGGAGGUAGCGACGGAGGGGCUGGCGGGGAAGGGACAGGAUGGCUUGCAAGCCUCUGCCAGCAGGACCCGGCAGGGAGAGGCAGCGACCCAGGCUGUGGUGAUGGCUGGGGCCCCAGAGCCCCCUCCAGGGCCCCGCCCGCCCCUGCCCCGCCUCUAGGGGACACCCCAGAAGUUAGCAUCAGUGCCACUUGGAAGCUGCCACGGCAACAAGUGUCCCAGCGAUGGCUGGGGAUUCCAGGAAUGCUAUGAACCAGAAUAUGGAGAUUGGAGUCCCUCCCAGAGACCCCAGGAAGAUCCCCAAACAGGCUCUCGAUUACGUGCCCAUCGCCACGGACCACACCCGCCUGCUGGCCGAGGGCAAGAAGCCACGGCAGCGCUACAUGGAAAAGACCGGCAAGUGCAACGUGCACCAUGGCAACGUCCAGGAGACCUACCGGUACCUGAGCGACCUCUUCACCACGUUGGUGGACCUCAAGUGGCGCUUCAACCUGCUGGUCUUCACCAUGGUCUACACCAUUACCUGGCUCUUCUUUGGCUUCCUGUGGUGGCUCAUCGCUUACAUCCGGGGCGACCUGGACCACGUCGGUGACAAAGAAUGGAUUCCCUGUGUCGAAAACCUCAGUGGCUUCGUGUCGGCCUUCCUGUUCUCCAUCGAGACGGAAACCACCAUCGGGUACGGCUUUCGGGUGAUCACAGAGAAGUGUCCGGAGGGCACCAUCCUCCUGAUGGUGCAGGCCAUCCUGGGCUCCAUCGUCAACGCCUUCAUGGUGGGCUGCAUGUUCGUCAAGAUCAGUCAGCCCAAGAAGAGAGCCGAGACACUCAUGUUCUCCAACCACGCGGUCAUCUCCAUGCGGGACGAGAAGCUCUGCCUCAUGUUCCGCGUGGGGGACCUCAGGAACUCCCACAUCGUGGAGGCCUCCAUCCGGGCCAAGCUCAUCAAGUCCCGGCAGACCAAAGAGGGGGAGUUCAUCCCCCUGAACCAGACCGACAUCAACGUGGGCUUCGACACCGGGGACGACCGCCUCUUCCUCGUGUCGCCGCUCAUCAUCUCCCACGAGAUCAACGAGAAGAGCCCUUUCUGGGAGAUGUCCCGGGCCCAGCUGGGUCAAGAGGAGUUUGAAAUCGUGGUCAUUCUGGAAGGGAUGGUGGAGGCCACAGGCAUGACUUGCCAAGCACGGAGCUCCUACAUGGAUACAGAGGUGCUCUGGGGCCACCGGUUCACGCCAGUCCUCACCUUGGAAAAGGGCUUCUAUGAGGUGGACUACAACACCUUCCAUGACACCUAUGAGACCAACACGCCCAGCUGCUGUGCCAAGGAGCUGGCGGAAAUGAAGCAGGAAGGCCGGCUCUUCCCGUGCCUCCCCAGCACCCCGCUGCCGGGAAGCUGUGCGAAAGCAGAGCUGGAUGCUGAGGCUGAGCAGGAUGGAGAGGACCAGCUGGAGGGGCUGAAUGGGUCCCGGGAGACCAGGGGCUUGGUGUAAGGGCUGCCCUCUCCCCGCAGCCUCCCUCCCUGGCUUCUAUGAGCUCAGAUGCUGCAGCACCACGGCUGGGGUGGGGUGGACUCGCUGAGUGCCAUGUUUGGGGGACUCUGUGGGGAGGAGCAGUAUUUCCAGCCUCAGACCCUCCCAGCUCAGUGCCUCUCCAAACAGGUGGCCUGCUGCCUGGGCCCCCGAGGCAACGCUGCCUCUUCUCUCCCAGCCCCUGUGGGCGCUGGCUAAGGGCCAGGCCAGGGCAGGAUUCCCCACAAUGAACGCUUCAGCGUGGCCUCUGCCCUCACACACCUCUAUCAGCUGGCCCGAGUCACCUCCCUCCUCGGGUCUCACAGGCCCACUGGCAGCCCCCCGCUAGGGUGGACACCUAGAGAGGGCAGUCACCCCCAUCCCCUCAUUCCUACCAGCCCAAGGUUCAUCGUGGAUUCAGGGAGGAGAGGUUCUGCCCCCUUAGAGGCUCAAACACCAUCCUAGAUGGAGGUCGCAGACGAUGGGUGGGUCCAAGUCAUGCAGGGACGGCCUUGCUGAUCUGAGACCCGUAACCACUAUUGCGCGCUGCAGAGAACAGGGCCUUGAUGGUGUCUCGUGAUCCGUGAAGGGUGUGCGUUUCCUCUGCUGAGCUCUGUGUGUCCAAGGCUGCCUGCUGGAUCGGUCACCUGUUUAGUGUGACUCUCAGAGGGGGGCCUGGGCCACAGAGCUCCUCUGAGCACCUGGGCAGUGUCUCGGUCCCCUCAC